ACAGAGGAUGCAGAGCUGAUCUGAGAUCAGAUCAAUAGGACAGGAUCAGCGAGCAGCCAAUAGGCCUACCCACCAUUUGGAGCUAACGUUACAGGACUCCUGCACACGCAUCUGAUAAACAGCGAUAAACUCUCCGUAUUCCUGAAGGAUAUUCCUGCAGUGAUCGCUGUUGAAGAACUCCGUGUCGUAUCGGUUUAAUCUCUCGUGUGAAGAUGUUCUACACGUGUGGUCCCAAUGAGGCUAUGGUGGUAUCAGGGUUCUGCCGCUCUCCUCCAGUGAUGAUAUCUGGAGGCAGGGUGUUUGUAAUUCCCUGUGUUCAACAGAUACAAAGGAUCUCUCUCAACACAUUGACACUGAAUGUGAAGAGUGACAAAGUCUAUACACGUCAUGGAGUGCCUAUCUCUGUUACUGGCAUCGCUCAGAUGAAGAUUCAGGGACAGAACAAGCAGAUGUUGGCAGCAGCGUGUCAGAUGUUCAUGGGGAAAUCUGAAGCAGAGAUUGCUCAGAUCGCCCUGGAAACUUUGGAGGGCCAUCAGCGAGCGAUCAUCGCUCAUUUGACUGUGGAGGAAAUCUAUAAAGAUCGUAAGAAGUUUUCAGAGCAGGUGUUUAAGGUGGCCUCAUCUGACCUGGUGAACAUGGGUAUCAGUGUGGUCAGCUACACACUUAAAGAUGUUCACGAUGAUCAGGAUUACCUGCACUCUCUGGGAAAAGCCCGUACAGCGCAGGUGCAGAAAGAUGCCCGUAUUGGAGAAGCAUUAAACAAAAGAGAUGCUGUUAUCCGGGAGGCUCAUGCGUUGCAGGAGAAAGUGUCUGCUCAGUACAUGAAUGAGAUUCAGAUGGCCAAGGCCCAGAGAGACUUUGAGCUGAAGAAAGCUGCUUAUGACAUUGAGGUCAACACCAAAAAAGCAGAGUCUGAAAUGGCUUACCAGCUUCAGGUGGCUAAGACAAAGCAGCGCAUUGAGGAAGAGAAGAUGCAGGUGAAAGUUGUGGAGCGUGCUCAGCAGAUCACUCUCCAGGAGCAGGAGAUCACACGCAAAGAGAAGGAGCUGGAGGCAAAGGUGAAAAAACCAGCUGAGGCUGAGCGAUACCGCCUGGAGAAGCUGGCAGAAGCUGAACGUCUUCAGCUCAUCAUGGAAGCAGAGGCUGAGGCAGAGUCCAUUAGAGUAAGAGGAGAGGCUGAGGCUUUUGCUGUGGAGGCUAAAGGACGUGCUGAGGCAGAACAGAUGGCCAAAAAAGCUGAAGCCUUCCAGCAGUACAAAGAAGGAGCCAUGGUAGACAUGCUGUUAGAGAAACUGCCCCUGGUGGCUGAAGAAAUCAGCAAACCUUUGUCAGCUGCCAAUAAGGUCACCAUGGUUUCCAGCGGUGGCUCAGAGGUUGGUGCUGCCAAGCUGACAGGCGAGGUAAUGGACAUUAUGACCAGGCUUCCAGAGACCAUUGAAAAACUGACUGGAGUCAGCAUCUCUCAGGUGGCCCGAACUGGCUGAAAAACGAAAGAACACUUUCUGCCUUUCAGGAGAUCGCAUGUGUCAUUUUUUUCCUUCUAAAUGUGUGUCUUUCCUGCUGUCUCUCUAAUACCACAUCCAUGUGUUGAAUCUUAUUAAUCCCCUCUUCUUUACUCUCUAUUGGUCUUUGUAUUAUCUCAAGUGUCUUUUCUGUCUUUUCUCAUCAGUCAGUCACUGCCUGUUUACUUGCCUUGCAGCUAAACCAAAAGUAUGUCUUAAAAUGGCAGUGCUCUGUGGUCUACAUCAGUCCAGAAUACAGUGUAAUCAGAGAAUUAAUGUAGAAUGGUAAUGGAGGCACUGGCCAGAUCAGGGGUGUUUAGCUGUAUUUGUUCAUGCUGUUAACCUGACUGCCUUGUGUGGAAUUGAAUCCCUAAAUUUGUUCUUGAGGUCCAGAUAUACAUAUCUCUAUAGCCUGUUGAAUGAGGGUGCCUGCACACUAGAAGCUGACAGAGGAGUCUCAUAAAUCACAAUCCCCCAGUGUAACUCAAUUAGGAUGCUGCAUUAGAUCUGUCGGACUCGGAACAUACAUGCCUGUAUGCAGAAAAGGCGUCUCCAGUGAGCAGCAGAGAAGAUUAAACCAUUUCAGCUUUUGCUGCAACAAGUUCUGACAUGGAGGCACCUCAACCAAUCAAAACGAGGAUGGAUGGGUGCAGGGAAAUGAUGGAUGAAAAUCUAAAACCGAGGUCGAGAUGUAUUCUGGUGUCUGGUUGUAUUUGAUCGUAAUGCUAUUUGGAAGAAAGAUAAAGGUUACCGGGAACAAAAGAUUAUAAAAAAUGACUGAUAUUGGCAACUCUUGAUAAUGUUGGCAUGGGGUUGUGGAGGUUCCUAAUGUUUUUCUGAAAUAAUCCAUCCCAUACAGCUUAAAUAUUCUCACAGUUCCUGCAGGUCUGGCAAUGUUGUUGACCAUGGCAUAGCACUGUAUCUUUGUGAAUCAGUAGCAGUGGACAAGCAUUGUCCUGUUGGAAUAGUACACUGUUGAUUUUGGUGAAGGAAAAAAACAUUUUCGCACUAUAAGACACACUAUCAAUGAACAUCUAUUUUCUGGUCUAUUGUCUUACAUAAGGCGCAAGUUAAGAUUCCCGAUUUUUUCCAGCAUUAUGCUGUAGCAUUAGCUGCUAACCACUCCAGCAGUGCUAGCUGGGGUUAGCAGCUGGCCGCAGGCCGAUAAUACUCGCCUCUGAACCGCUAAAGAGCUAGCGCUUAGCACGGUUAGCGGAUAAUUCUACUACUACUUCAGCAGUGCUAGCCAGGGUUAGCAGCGGGCUACAGGCCAAUAAUACUCGCCUCUGAACGGUGAAAUAGAGGUUAGCAGCUAAUGCUAAUGCUACUCCAGUCUCGGUGCUGGAGAACUAAACUGAAACUCCUUUAUAAAGCUGUACUUCAGCAGAGUGGCUUUACUGCUCCUUACAACCUGACUAGUAAAAUUCAUACAAAAGACACACCAGAUUAAAAGGCGCACUGACGAUUUUUAGGAAAAUUAAAGGAUUUUAAGUGUGCCUUAUAGUGCGAAAAAUACUGUACUGGUCUUUCAAAUGGUCUAACUAUUGUUUUCUGCUGGAUUUCAAACUGUAAAAAUUCCACCUCUGCUUCAGCAAAGUACACACCUUCCAGAAAGACAAGUUCUGCUUGUGUAUCUACUGCCCUGUCCUUGCAUUGUCUGGUGUGUAGGCACCCUAAAAAGCCUUGCAUCCUGCUGAUGCACUGCACUUGUAUUCAAAGGUAAAUACUGCAGAGGUUUGCAGAAAUGGCAUGUAUCUUCUUAUGAAAAUAUUAGUUGUAGCAGAUGUGAUGCCAACAUUUACAGUAUAUAUUCUUAAUAGUACUUUCAUAACUGAAAUAUAUGAAGAAAGGAAGUUAAUACUUGUUAUGCACCAGUAUUUUAUGUAUUUGUACAAUUUUACCUGUGUAACGUUUUUUAUUCAGGAUUAUUUUGACAUUUAAUAAUCAAAUGGUUUACAUUUUGUUCUUUUUGAGAUUUAAGAAAAUUAAGACUGAACAUGCAUUAAUAUUUUACAACAUGGUUUGUUUUUAAAAGAACUUGCAGCAUUAUUUUUUUGCUGCUACAGUGGUGCUCUAAAUGUUUGUGAACACGUUUUCAUACUUCUGCAUAAAUUUCCUAAAAGUAGAACAAAAUCUUUAGACAUGAUCAUAGAUUUAUUGAGGAACAUUAUCAUUAUUAUAAAAGUGGCAAAAAUAUGUGAACCUUUAUUGUUAGCAGAUAAUUUGAAGGUGAAAUUGGGAGUUUUCAAUCAAUGGGAUGACAGUCAGGUGCCCUAAAAGGACCUGAAGCAAACAGUUUAUGGGAGAAAGCCACCAAUCUAAGAGUUGAAGUAUGCUGAGGAAUGGGCUAAAAUUCCUCUGGAAAUGUUUAGUUGCUGCGCAAGGUGGUCAAUCCGAUACAGAGUCAGAUGGUCACGUGUAAUUUGGAUAAUUCACCUCAAUAAAUAAAUAUUUUUGUCUUAUUUGUUUAAUUUGGCUCUCCUUAUCUUCUUUUAGGAUUCUGAUGAAGGUUUAGCUCAAUUUUAUGCAGAAUUGUGGAAAAUUGUAAAUGGGUUCACAAACUCAUCGCUGUAGGAUUUACAUAAAAUUAUUUGAAGUAAGGAAGAUAAAUGGAUUUAUUAUUGCACUUUUCACCAUUUCUUUUAAACACUUUACCUCACUGAACUCGACCAAGGCCCUGGUAUGAGAUACAGAGCGUUUCAUUUGUUACUGUCAUGUAGAUCAUUAUACUCACUACACUGUUCACACUACUGCCUGUAUUUGAAAUUAUUCUGAUUUACUUGAGAGAUUUUCAUUCUCCAGUGUACAAUAUAUUUCUCUAUAAUCAAACAAAGUGCACAUGGAGCACUAUUAUAUCACUGUUUAUUACAGUUUAUUAUUAGUAUUAUUAUGCAGCAUAGAUUCAUCCAUCUUAGUCUAUAAGUAGUACAUAGAUCCACAUUCCUAAUUUUAAUGUAUUAAUUAAUUAAUUAUAAAUAAACUUGAUAAACAUU